UUGAGAUUGAAACAGAUGCGGUUACGGGUUGACGUAUGUCGUGCGAUCGUGCUAACUUCUCUAGUAUGGAUGAUGAUUGAUGUCGUCAUAUUAUUUUACUUCCUUGAUACCGGCAGUGGCAGAAUAGCUUCAAAAGUUGCGGUAAAGUUAAGGGGUGAUCGCCGUUCGGAGGAUGACUUUAGGGCACAAUCAAAUGAUUUUAUUGAUCGUGAAGCUGUGGAAGAGUUGGAAAUAUUGCUAAAAAGUCUAACAUUCGAGAGAAAUGGACCGGGUGAAAUGGGUAGUGCAGUGAUCAUUGAUCCAUCACAGCAAGAGGAACGGAAAAAGAAGUUUAAUGAAAACCAAUUUGAUGUUAUGGCUUCAGAUCUGAUAUCUAUCAACAGGGCACUUCCUGAUUAUCGAUCAUCAAAAUGUCGCGAAGCUGCACGAAAAUAUGAUAUAACCAGUUUACCCACGGUAUCCAUAAUAAUUGUUUUUCAUAACGAAGCAUGGAGUACACUUCUGCGUACAAUACACUCUGUUAUAAAUCGAAGUCCGCUUCAUCUAAUCAAAGAAGUUAUUCUUAUCGAUGACUUGUCAAACCGAACAUAUUUACGGAGUCCUCUUGAUCUGUACAUCAAAAGAUUUUCACUCCCUUUCCAUCUCAUUCAUCUACCAGAACGAUCAGGACUUAUCCGAGCGCGUUUACAAGGUGCAAAGAUAGCAAAAGGAAAGGUUCUGUUGUUUCUUGAUGCGCAUGUUGAAGUAACGGAAGGAUGGUUAGAACCUUUGCUGGACCGAGUAUCAGUCGAUCGAAAACGUGUUGUGGCACCAAUUAUCGAUGUCAUUUCCGAUGAAAAUUUUGAAUACAUAACUGCUUCUGAUAUUACUUGGGGCGGUUUCAAUUGGCAUCUUAACUUUCGGUGGUACCCAGUACCAAUGCGAGAAAUGGAACGGCGCAAUCACGACCGUUCGGUUCCUCUUCAGACGCCUACAAUUGCUGGUGGUUUGUUUGCUAUCGAUCGCCAAUUUUUUUAUGAUAUCGGUUCCUACGAUGAAGGAAUGGAAGUUUGGGGUGGUGAAAAUUUGGAAAUUUCAUUUAGGGUAUGGAUGUGUGGCGGUAGUUUGGAGAUUCAUCCAUGUUCUCGAGUUGGCCAUGUAUUCCGAAAACAUACUCCGUAUUCAUUUCCCGGUGGUACAGCGAAUGUUAUACAUCGUAAUGCCGCCCGCACUGCUGAGGUUUGGAUGGAUGAAUAUAAGGAUAUAUUUUAUAAAAUGGUGCCUGCUGCCAAAAAUGUCGAUAUUGGAGAUUUAACAGAAAGAAAAGUUUUGCGCGAAAAUUUGCAAUGUAAAAGUUUUCGGUGGUAUCUGGAAACAAUUUAUCCGGAAUCACCCAUUCCAAUCGACUUUCUUAGUUUAGGACAGAUACAAAAUAUGGGAGUAGUGGGAUGUCUGGAUACAGCAGGUCGAUCAGCCGGUGAUUCUCCUGCAAUACUUCCCUGCCACGGCAAAGGUGGUAAUCAGUUAUGGGCUUACACUGGAAAAGGUGAAAUCCGCGCUGAUGAACUUUGCUUAGCCUUUACAGUAAAAGGUAUUAGCAUGGAAAAAUGUGCUGACUGGGUGCUACUGUCGAAAGUGACCUUUGAAUAUGUGAAGAAAACACUUAUGCUGAAACAUCGGGAAACAGGCCUGUGUUUGCAAGCAAACGAAUCCACAUUGCAAUUAAGCACGUGUUUACAUAAUGAUAUGAAUCAGAAAUGGAGGUUAGGAGGAUAUAGAGAAUUGGAUUAAUAUAUGCAGCGAGAACAGUAGUAGAAAUGGAGAUACGAUAUGUUUUCUUCCUUAUUAAAUCACGGAAUGGUUGAACUUUGAUUUUCUUUAAUUCUGCUGCGCAACGUCUGCAUGUUUUCAGAUCGUGAAUCAUCACUGUUGUCAUCUGUUUGUAGCUUUAUUUUCCCUGAUUCUGUUAAGCAGAUGAUGCUAAAAUAAGUUGUCCAACUACUUGAUGGUGGUGUUUGAUAGCUGUUUCCAUUUUAUCCAAAAUUCAUUCAAUAAUAAGUUUUUGGAAAUAUCAGCAUUGAGACGGGUCCUUAUUUUUCAGAUCUACCGGAAAUUAGCUUAAAUGUUGAGC